AUCAGAAAAACCGAUGAAAAAAUUAUAAACCGAUAUUUCUCAUUGGAUAAAAUUCAUCGGUACUUUGAUCGGAAAUAUAUUUGUUAAUUUUUAUCAAAAAAUACCCUUGUACCUUGACGUCACAAUACAAUUUGCACGCGUUUCUUAUUUUUUUGAUUGGAUUUAUUUUGAUGUUAAGCUGAGUCUCGCUGUUGAAAUUUAACUUACAGCGCAAGUUUACUCAAGUGCGAAUUUAUUUAAUUACUUUAGAAUCAAUUGUGGAGUUGAUUACAAUCUGUUAUUCACUGCUUUUUCCUCCACUUGAAGAAUUAUUUAAUCUUCGAUUAUGUCAAUAUUCCGAGGCAUGUAACCUUUAUUCAAUAAGUAACGUUUUAAUUGCGUAACUUAUUCAGAUGGAAUAUGUGCGAUAGGCAAAGAUUAAAUUAAAACUCAUAACAGUAGCUUGUGUAACGUUACACACUGAGAUUUUCCACUGUGGUUCUUUAAGUUUGAUGCAGCAUUAUGAUGCGGAAGUGAAACUUUGACUCGUGACUCGCUGAUGACGAAGUAUCUUUUUCGGAAGCCGUAAAGUGUGUUUUAUGCACUUCCGGCGCGCGAGAAAUCUCACGUAACAUAAGUACCGCGAAAUUGUUGUUUAUUAUUUUUUACAACUCCUUCUCUAGUCAUUAUUAACAUAUCGGCCUGCCUCACAAAUCUCACAAUAUGUUUUGAUGAUAUAAAUAAAAAUAAUAAUAUAUACAACAGAUACGACAAAAACCAGCUAUAAAACUGCUAAUAUAUUGUCAUCCUUGAACACACAGAUGAGAUAAGAUUGGACAAAUUAAAAUAAAUUGAUGGAUAUAAAAGAUUUUCUCCCAACAGAGAUAUAAAGAUCACAAUGACGAGGAAAAACUAAAAGGAAAGGCGAAUACGCAUGCGCGAUACUUGCAAAGGCCGACGUCUAUUUUCCGCCACUUAGGCCAAACGAAGUCUGACGUUACGCUUCUUUAAGUACGACAGAUGGGAAUUGGAAAUUGUCGUAACGUGUCGUAUCAUCGCGGACCUGCUACCGUCUUCGAAUCGAUCUCGAGCUGCAUUAUUGCAGCAGCUGAUAUUGAUUAAACGAUUAACGUCUCCCGUUUGCGUGUUCUGUCCUAUUGGCAAGCUCUCUCGUGGUGAAUAUCGGAAAUAGCUCUCUUUUAUUAGACACGAGUCAGUAAUUUUUAUAAUUACAAUAUAACCAAUAAGUUAUCGAGCGCGUGAGAUUGUCGUGUGCGCGACCGUGCAAUUGAUCGCGCUGUUUAAACGCGCGUGAACUAAGCGGAAUUGCGAGCUGAUAGACUUGCGGUUGAAGCGAAUCACGAAUGGUGUCGCACGAACGAAUCUACUGCGCUUGCACGCGAUAUCCCAUAUCCACAACGAGCAAACUCUCCAUGGUAACGAGCAGUGUGGACUGCAAAACCUUAAGUUCGAUACGCCCGAAAAAUCUGGAUAUAUUCUUGCUGUUCGCGUCGUGUACAUAACCUGGCCACAAUAACGAGAUAAGUCGCGCUUCCCGGACUCCACGCGAAAGAUAUCCGCGAUGCUGAAAUUUCAACACGCCACGCCGGAAGAUCUCAAGAUCGCCGCGUCCAUAGAACGUAAACGACGACUGGAGGAAGCGAGGAAACCGCGUAUCUUCGAUCCUCGCGUCAGGAAGAUCGGAAUAGACAAGGCAUUCUUGGAUAAGCAAGUCGAGGAAAAGAGGCGGCAACGCGAGUGGGAACAGGCGGAAGAAUGUCAAUUGAACGAAGCGCUCGUUCGCAGCAGCCAGCUCGCCGCGGAUCUGGAGAGGCGGCAAGAGGAGGACAGGCGCAGAAUACACAAGAAGAUCGAAUCGUACCGGCGUGAAUAUCAGAAAGCCGAGGACCGUCGAGAUUACGACCUGUACGACCCCGAAGCGCUGAGGAAAUCGCUCCCACCGCGAGUGGAUGACGAUGACCCGAGCUUGGGACCAGCGUCUGCUCAGAAGUUCGAGGGCGAGGAUCCCAAUCUACACGAGCGGCUGAAGGCGCAGAAACAGCAGAUGCGUUGGUGGAUCCACAGGCAGAAAGAGGAGCGCGAAGCGGCUGGAAAGCUGCAGCGGGAGAUCGAGGAAGCCUAUCAGGAAGUCAUCCUCUCCAGGGACAAGCGCGCGGCGACGCUCGCGCGAAUGGAGGAAGAGUGUCGACGAAGGUUGAACGAAGCCACGGCGAAGUUUAAUUGCGCCCUGGCCACGGAGCAACAGCAUCGCCGUCAAUGCGAAGCCAUUCAAGAGGAGGAGGACAACAAAGCGGAAAUCUAUAAUCACGUGACUGGGGACUUCCUCACCGAGGCCAGGGAGCAGGCUGAGAGCACUCGCGGUCCGCAUAGACCGUUGACAUCACGGUACAAGGGCAUGACGGAAGACGAGUUGAGGGUCUUCAGGAAUGCUCAGUUGGAGCAGAUGAAGGAGCUCCAGAGAAUCAAACAGGAUGAGAAACGUAUGAACGAAGAUUGGGAUCGUUUGAUGACUUCGCAUCUUCAGACUGCGCACUCAUACGCGCACGAAUUGGAUCAGAGGAAAUCGCAACUCAACAGGAAUAUCGCGAACGAGAACUUGCAGUUAGCCGAGCAACAAAAGUCACGUCAGGAUUACUUGAACCGCGUUGUUUACAAGAACAUGCCAACCGCCGCGUUCUAUGAGCAAUUUAACAAAGGUACACGUUGAACGUAAUGGCGACUCCUACAUGCACGAUGGAUUCCUCCAGAAUUACGGAUAGCGGUCCCACACAGCAGGAAUGUCCCAAAAAUAUCAUAGGGAUAUCUUGAAGAUAUCACAUACCCCAAAUAUAUCUUUAGGAUGUCUCUAUGAUGUAUUUUGGACACCUCUGCUGUGCGAGGUGUAUCGAAACACCAUUACACAAAUUCGUUUCAAUACGUGAA